GUCUCUUUUCCUCUACCAGGUGAAAGGCCACACAGCAGCAAGUCAAGAUGACAACAUUAAGACCGUUUACCUGCGAUGAUUUAUUUAAAUUCAACAAUAUCAACCUGGAUCCUUUGACAGAAACUUAUGGGAUCCCGUUUUACCUCCAGUACCUUGCUCACUGGCCGGAGUACUUCAUCGUUGCAGAGGCUCCUGGUGGUGAACUGAUGGGCUACAUUAUGGGGAAGGCGGAGGGAUCUGUGGCUCGGGAGGAGUGGCACGGUCACGUCACCGCUCUGUCCGUCGCCCCGGAGUUCAGGAGACUCGGCCUCGCAGCCAAACUCAUGGAGAUGCUGGAGGAAAUCUCAGAGAGGAAGGGAGGAUUCUUCGUGGAUCUCUUUGUGCGAGUCUCCAACCAAGUGGCGGUGAACAUGUACAAACGUCUGGGCUACAGCGUCUACAGGACGGUGAUCGAGUAUUACUCGGCGAGCAACGGAGAACCGGACGAAGACGCUUAUGAUAUGAGGAAAGCUCUGUCCAGGGACACAGAGAAGAAGUCGAUCAUCCCGCUGCCACAUCCUGUCAGACCAGAAGACAUCGAAUAACAGCAGACUGUGGCUCUCUGACGCGCCGCCCGCUUUAUCCUGAGGAUCGCGUGUGAAUUAUUUGUGAUUACAGGUCCUGCUCAGUUACAUUGUACAUAGUCAAUCUGUCACAGAGGCUGCUUAUUAUUUCUCAGCGCGGAGUCAGAGAGCCACGGGUUGUACACACUUUGUAUUUCCUCAACAGAGACCCUAAGUCCUUCCCCUUCCGGUGGACCACCAUGGGAUCUUUAUCAGAAAAAUAUGUCCGGUAGUCAACCGCGAGAGACAUCAACAGUUUUUUGAUCCUGAUUUAUAUUUGCUCUGAAAAAGAGUCACAGUUUGUCAUAAACUGUUGGACUAUAACACUGAAAAUACGUAACAAAUACCGUAGUCGCACAUGUGAUGUCUUAACUUUUUUUCUCAAUGACUGAAAGUCAGAGAGCUUCCACAUGUAGAUGAUGCGAUGACAGGACCAGGAGCCGUUGGAUUAAACACAUCAGGCGAGAAGUUGCCUAGCUAGUAGUGACCAAGCGAGCUUAGCAUCACAGCGCUGACAUGUCGGUGACGUAUACUGUGUGAGACCGGAGAUGUAGUUCAAUCCGAGGUUUCACACAAAACUAAAUGUUACUUUACUAUUUUAAGACAAACUCAAAACCUUCUUGACGGACAAAAUUAUCUUUUAAACUUGACAAACGUGUGUAAUUCAGGGCACAAUUCAAAAGGGAUAAAAACAUUAGUUGCCUCUCGCUGUUGACUGCCCUCAUUUUUCCUGAAAUUAGGUCUGAUGGGGCUGUAGGGACGGACUACAGCUCUCUACAUCCACUCAGUUUAAUGUCCUUGAAAUAUAAAUGAGAAACAACACAACAAGUGAGUUUGACUUGAUGUAUGUCUAAUGGCACCGUUACACAGAAAACAUGGGUCAUACAAUAAAGACUGCUCAGCUGG